UAUCACGAACAAAACUAAUGGCUCUCAGAGUUGCAUUGCCUUCUCUUAUUUUUCUGCCCUCCCUCAUCAGCUUCGUUGCAGUCGCCAUAUCUGUUACUGAACAAUGCCAAUACGUGGUCAGAGUUAAGACAGGAGAUCGCAAUGAUGCAGGAACGGACUCUGCCAUCAGCCUCAAGCUAAUGGACUCUUCCAGCAAUGGCUUUAUCGUCAACAACGUCGAAGAUUGGGGCAUCAUGGAAGCCCGUCACGACUACUUCGAGCGGGGCAACCUCGACGUCUUCAGCGGCACUGGCCCUUGCAUCAGCAUUUGCGCCGUCGCCGUCACCUCGAACGGCGAAGGGAACAAGCCAGGGUGGUACUUGGACUAUGUGGAAGUCACCUCCAAUGGGCACAAGGUAUUGUUCCCGGUGAACCAGUGGCUAGCUCUUGAUGAAUGGCCACAUCAUCUGUAUGCCAACAUCAACUCAUGCUUCGGCAAGCUAAUCCAGAUGGCAUCAGAUCAUUAGGAUUCUUGAGUUUGAGGCCCCGUCCCUCUAUCGUGUCACCAUGCUUAAUUAGCACAACAAUCUUUAUAUGUAUCUGCUUUUUGUUAUCAUGUGUUCAUGUAUCUCUUCAUUUCAAUAACUGGAUUUAACUCCGUGCGAUGCAUGGGAGCUUUAUUUUCAAUAUAUAUGAGAUUAGACACAUGUUUCCUAA